GAUCCUACCACAGCAACCUUUUCCCAGCUGUUCCCACUAUCUGCCUCAUGAUGAUCCGCAUACCCCGUCUUCUACUGAUUUCAGCCAAUUUUCUGCUCAUUGUUCUGGCGUUUGCGGCCGGGAUACUGGCAUAUAUGCUCUUCCUGAACACUUCACCCUUCCCGAAGACUGAAGUUUUCCCGAUAGAACUUCUAAUAGGCAUCGCAAUUUUGUGCCCGCUACUUCUCGGUACUGGCCUCCUCGGUUGUUGUGGGCUAUACCGUCUUUCCCCUGGAUGCCUCAAGAUUUUCAUAUGCAGCUUGUUGCUUCUUUGUGGAGUCUACGGUCUUUUAGGCCACCUAGCAAUGCGAGAAAUGGACGCAUCUUUUGCCACCAGUAUGGCAGACCAAAUGUGGAAAGGUGCAACGAACGACACGAAAGGCACCAUUAUGCGGGAGUUCCGUUGCUGUGGGUGGGAGGAGGGCGCAUCUGCGUCUGAUUACCCGACUGUGGAUCCUAAUGAAGCUCAAGUACUGUCCAAGCUUUGCAUGGCGAGCACAUCCUGCUCCGGUCCGGUUACCGAGUAUCGCAUCGCACUGGCGCGUUCGAUCAUGGUCGUAAUGUUCUCCACUCUUGGCUUCGUCGUGCUCAUAAUGUUGUUGGCCACAUGGAUGCUACUUGCUUUGAAAACCAAACUUUCCGAGAAGGGAAAGAGACGGGAUCUAGAAGGAUGUCACGGCGACAAGACGACGGUCACAGUAAAUGGUGGACGGAGGUGAAGAUAAGCGUCUAUGUCACAUAGAGUUAGCGGUAGAUAUAAGGCAAUCGGUGCCUGAUAGUGAAGUUUUGUGAAUAUUUAUUUAUUUGUACGUGAGAAGCCUAAUUAUGAUAUACCGCUUGCC